GAAGCUGUUUUUGCUGAUCCAGCACUUUUUCGAUCCCGAUUCACCUGAGAGACGACUCGCCGUGCUAGAAGCAUACAAUUUUGCGACUAAUUUUAUCACAUAUAUUAUUGAAGUGGACGUUAGAAUAAAUCUUUUUGCGCAUAUUCAGUUCACUUAUUCCGAAUGCUAUUCACCGCCGCGGGAGCUGUGUUCAAAGUCCUUCACUCAUCUUACAGCCCGGAUGUUGACACAGAGUUGGGAAACGCCACCCUAAACCAGGCUAUAAGCGCCAUGAGGAAAUGCUCGGUGGAAAAUAACGACGUUGCAGGACGGCAUGCCGAGAUCAUGCGCCAGCUUUGGCUGAGCACAGACACCGUCAGCACGCCUGGUUGUUGGCAGCUUCCAUCUUUGGUUCAUCGACGCCGAUUUGGGGCCAGUCUAGCGUAUGACUGUCUCUUUUACUGGAGGGAUAACGUCGGAGGACAACGAAGUACUGGAUUAAACUCUUCCGCAACGAGAUCAGACGCAGUGUCGGAGGCAGCUUCCGCGGCCACAGAACAUGCGUUGAGCUCAAAUACACCUGAAUUGCAGGCUCAAACCAACAUGGACUGGGCUAGUUUUGCAUGGGCGUCAGGAAUGGAUCUGACCGCAGAUGGAUUUGAUUCCGAUAUUUGAUGUAAUUCAUGAAAGGUGGAGGGAGUUCUAAGGAUUAUUAGCUUGGAAUGCCCGUCAUGUAGGCAGAAAUAAGCCUGAUCAAAUGUGAUGUUUAACGUGU